AUGUCCUUGGUCCAAGUUGUACUUACAAAAACAUGGUAUGUAUUUGACGGUAACCUCCUUACGCAAACUGACGGUGUGGCUAUGGGUAGCCCAACAUCCUCUGUGGUAGCUGAAAUAUAUAUGCGGGCUCAUGAGACUACAGCUUUAACAACUGUAGAACACGCUCCAAGAGUUUGGAAAAGAUUUGUGGAUGACGUCCUUUUAAUAAUAAAAGGAGCACAUCUGGACAAAUUUUAUGAACAUAUCAAUAAUUUGCACCCGAAGAUUCAAUUUACAAUUGAACAUGAGAAGAACGGUGCGCUUCUUUUCUUAGACAUUCUAGUAUCUCGCAACGGUGGUAACUUAUCAGUAUCAGUAUACCGCAAACCAACUCAUACUGAUUAA